GAAACAGCAGAGCAUCCCACGAUUGGAGUUGUGUGGGGCCCUCAUCGCCACGCAGCUGUUCCAGAAGGUUACAUCGUCCCUCCAACUAGACGCUAAAAUAUUCUUCUGGGUCGACUCCACGACGGUUUUAAGUUGGCUACAAUCACCACCAUCCACUUGGACGACUUUCGUGGCUAACCGUGUGUCGAAAAUUCAGUUAGCGACGGAGAAUUGCACCUGGAACCACAUUGCCGGCCACGAAAACCCCGCGGAUCACAUUUCUCGUGGCAUGUCCGCCGAAUCAAUCUUGAACUGCGACCUGUGGUGGAAUGGACCGCCAUGGCUUCAACGAGAGGAACGCGAAUGGCCUACUCAGCGAAUCGAUCCAACAGACACCGAAGCACCGCUAGAAACUCGAAAGACAUCGCCGGCAUUGACAAUCGUAAUCUCGGAACUGUCGUUUAUAGACCAACUCGUAACCAGGUUCUCCAACUACCAUCGUUUGCUGCGGGUUGUUGCAUAUUGCCGUCGAUUUAUCAAGAACUGUCAACUCGGUAAGGAUCGACCGCAGGACAGUAAAAUCACCGCCGAGGAGAUAAAAGAGGCAGAAGCCGCAGUCAUCAGAUUGGUGCAGCAACAACACUUCGGAGAGGAAUGGAAGCUACUUCUAAAUUCGAAACCUGUAGGAAAGAAAUCCAAGAUUAAGUGGUUUCACCCCAUUCUCGCAACUGAUCAAAUAAUCCGUAUUGGAGGACGACUAAAGCAAGCUCAUCAGCCGUACGACGCAAAGCAUCAGAUAAUCCUACCAUCCUCGCAUCCACUGUCCGCUCUCCUUGUUCGAACCUACCACGAACAACAUCUUCAUGCGGCGCCACAACUGCUUCUCACAAUCCUUCGGCUUCGAUAUUGGAUCUUGGGGGCCAGAGGCCUGGCUCGCCAAAUUGUUCACAAGUGCGUCGUCUGCGUAAGAGGUCGCCCCAAGCAGUUCAUGGCUGAGCUGCCGGCUCCGCGAAUCACAGCCGCUCGACCAUUUUCUACCUCAGGUGUGGACUACUGGGGUCCAAUCUACUUGCAACCGAUCCACCGACGAGCUGCUGCCAGGAAGGCCUACGUGGCAGUAUUCAUUUGCUUUUGCACGAAGGCCGUGCAUUUGGAGUUGGUCGUGGAUCUCAGUACCGCGAAGUUUAUUCAGGCCCUCCGCCGCUUUGUCGCUCGCCGAGGCCUAUGUUCCGUCAUCUACAGCGACAACGGGACGAAUUUUGUUGGAGCAGCAAAGGAACUUCGCAACCUGAUCACAAGCAAGCAACACCAACAGAACGUAGCUCAAGAAUGCAUGCAGCUGGGCAUCAAAUGGCACUUUAACCCGCCGAAGGCUUCCCACUUCGGCGGCCUGUGGGAAGCUGCCAUUAAGUCCGCACAGAAGCACUUCACCCGAGUGCUUGGAACACGCACAUUGGCCUACGACGACAUGGAAACAUUGUUAGCGCAAAUAGAAUCCUGCCUAAAUUCUCGACCGCUGGUUCCACUAAGCGACGACCCUUCGGACUUCGACCCAUUAACACCGGGACACUUCUUGGUGGGAUCUUCGUUGAAAGCAGUUCCAGAUGUCGACCUCACUGAUGUACCAUUCAACCGCCUGCGUCACUACGAAGCAACGCAGAAAAUCUUGCAAUGCAUUUGGAAACGCUGGCAUACCGAGUAUUUAUCCACACUCCAAGCCAGAACAAAAUGGUACAGCCCGCCGAUACAAAUCGCUCCAAAUCAGCUGGUGAUCAUCAAGGAUGAGAAGCUUCCUCCUAUGCGAUGGUCCACGGCGAGAAUCCUAGAGCUUCACCCCGGAGCGGACGUUAUUACACGAGUAGUCACCGUUCAAACACCGCAAGGAAGUUUCACCCGUCCAGUAUCGAAGCUUUGUUUACUUCCCAUCGCACCGUCGGACGAAAACUCCUUCGAUGGGAAAACUGCCAACACAUCCGGUAACAACGAAGCGAUCGACGGGAACCAACCUGCAACAAAAUAAAUACAAGGCCCUGUUGUAACAGGGACCAGGUGAGUCCCUGUCCAACUAUUUUAUAUCCGUUGAAACCCGCUACCGGGUCUUUUUUUGCCAGGAAAUUUUCGUUCGUCAUCAAAACUGGUCUGCAGCAGCGAUCUUCAAAUGCGAAUUUAUGACAGCGAACAAGAGUGACAACAAGGCGAACGAGGAAGGAAGGCAAACGUCAAAACUUCAUCGACACCUGCGAGGGACAGCCCGUUUGUUUCAUCGAGACGUCGAUUCAUCGAGCAUAGCGUAACUUUUGCAUGGGACUUAAUUAGUGUUUUGAAUCAAAUGAAUUGCGAUUCAACAUCGUAAUUAGGUACCAACUUUGGUAGCGUGAGCAGAAAUAGUUUUUCUGAGGGGCCAGGAUGUUCAAACAUGAUUGAAUUAUCAGCGCUAUCUGUUCGUCAGCUGCGUCAUUUCUCGAAAUAGGUCAACUAUCUUCGAAAAGUAGUCAUCGUGGCCCAAAACGAUAUUGCCUCCUACACGUUCCGGGACAACGCAUUUCCGAUGGAUCAACUAUAAAAGUCGUCGAAGAAGCAGAAGACUUUCUCUUUUAUCUUGUAAUUUCGUAACAAUAAGAACGUCAAAGUGAAGAGGAGUGAAUUAAAUUUAUUAGCAUGUAGCAUGUGAAAUAAAGUUGUUAUUAGUUAAAACCUUUUGCAAUAAAGUGAAUUAGUAACUGAACAAAUGUGAAAAACAGUGUUGUGAAAACUCAUACUUACCUGCAACUGAAGAACCGUGAAGAAGCCACCUGAAAGAGAAGAAAUUAAACUUACCUGUGCCUGAAGAAGUCCGCUGGAAGAAAGUGCUAAAAUCUACUUACCUGGGUAAACUUACCUGGAAUUGUAUCUGCUGCUCUCGCUGAUUCUAUCAAAUACGCAUAUCUUUGAUGCAACUGGUUGAGCCCUCGCGCUCUGUAACAUGAUUGAAAUUUGAAUGGGUUUUAUUAUGGAAAAUUUCAUUUGCUUGCACUUUUUUUUGUCAAAUUUUACAUGAUUUUAUAUUUAUUUUAUUUUAUUUAUUUAUUAUAUUAUGCCUCUCAAGAAAAUUCAGAAUAUGGCGAUUAUCUGCCUCUGGCUUCUGAUAUUAGCGCGACAGUCACUAAUCAUAACAGCGUCACCAGAUUUCAAAGUAUAUAAUUCCACUAUAUGGGGUUUGACAGCAAGAACACUCAUUCCACUGAGCUACUCUUGCCGUUCGUCACAAAUACAUUCAAAAACAUCUGUCACUUCGCGAAACCCACGUGCUUUUGUUUUUGGCGGGAACACUUUUUCUUUUGUUUUGCCUUGCGACUGUCAUGCGGCGGUAUGCCUUGCGAGCGUACGACCGCCGCAGGACUCUAAUAAAAGAUAAGCGCGACAAUAAUAGACUAUAACAACACAAGUAACCUCCUAAUGGUUUUCAAAGUAUAUGCUAUUAUUGAUUAUAAAUAAUGCCGAUGUACUUUACUAUUAAUUGAAAUAUGAACUAACACUGUUUUUAAAUGAAUUAUAGUUUCUCUCACACCUACACGUUCUCGGUAAUUGAUUCCAGGCACUGAUUGCACGAUGACGAAACGAAUGUUUUAGUCCACAAGACGAGCAUCUCGGAACAAUCAAUAAAGGACCUCUCAUAGAUCGUGCAUAUGAAAAGAAUUUUUUUAGGUAGACUGGAGGGUCAUUUAGAAUUUUAAAAGUUUGUGUACAAACCCGAAGUUUUAGAUGACUAGUGAAAUUUACACCUAGUAUAGCAUUUGCAUACCCGGAUAUAUGAUCAUAUUUGCUUAGGUUAAAAACAUAUCUUGUAACUGUGUUGAAAGCUCGCUGAAGUUUCCUUAAAUUCAUUUUAGAGACUAGUGAAUAUAAGACAUCCCCAUAAUUAAAAAUCGGAAUUAUAAGGGAUCUUGCCAAAAGAAGACGUAUAUGCUAUGGAGUGCUACUUCUUACAGCAACGAAAGAGUGAAGAGCUUUGUACACUUUAUUACAUACAGCGUUCACUUGGUCUUUCCAGCUCAUUUUGCUAUCCAUUAAUUAAUCCAAGAUUUUUCACAGUAUCAGAGUAUUCAAUUUUGUCACUGCCCACUUUUAUUCUGGGAGCACACGUUAUUCUUGUACGUUGAUUACAGAAAAUAAUUGCUUGUGUUUUCUUCGAGUUCAAUACCAACUCGUUGAUAUUACACCAAUCCAAAACACUUUGAAUAUCGCUGUUAAUUUUCAUGAUAGUAUGCGCUAAAUUGGACAUUGAAUCAGAUAAAUAAAGUUGACAAUCAUCAGCAUAAAGAUGGAAUUUGCAAUAAGUUAGCAUCAACGGUAGAUCAUUGAUGUACAUAGAAAAAAGAAACGGACCUAGAAUGGAUCCCUGGGGUACACCACAGGGAACAAAUAUUUUGUCAGAUGUUGUGUUAUUGAAGUACACGUGAACGACGUGACAGAUAAGAAUUCAGUAAACGAACUGACAAAGAGUCCAGUUUGAAAUUGUGUUUCAGUUUAUCACAAAGAAGGCUAUGACUAAUUGUAUCGAAAGCUUUACUGAAAUCAAGUAGUGCCAUGGCUGUUAGGGGAACUGCGGCCAUAACGCCCAUAGGGGGCAAGUUGCGCCACCUACACUCCCGUUCAAAAGUUUGGGGUCACCCCCUCAAAAACAUGUCAUUUUUUAGGCCCAUAUCUCCGCCAAUUUGCGUCAGAUUUCAAAACCCUAGGUUUCAUUCAAAAUAUAAUAAGGCAGAGAAAUUUUGAACAUGAUUUAAAAGAAACUUUUUCAAAAAAAUUUGUAUGUAAACUUAACCCAAAGUUGCCAAAUUUUCUAAAAAAUGAAUAUAAACUUACGGCAGUGUCGCUGGAAGUUGGGUCGACCAAAUUUUAAGAUGAGAGCGGUAAUAUGACCCAUUUUUAUUAGCUUUCAACUGCUUUUUACAGAACUUAGCUAAAAAAUCUAGAAAAAAAAGUUAUUAAGUAAAUUAAUCCUUGAUGUCAUCGACCAAAAGUUUUGGGUCACCCCUCAAAAUGCUAUAUCGGCCAAAAGUUUGGGGUCACUAUCGUAAAACAUGGUAAAGUAAUUUGUUGAUAUCUUUGUCAUUUUUCAUUCAAUUUUAAUUCUUCUUGGCUUAUUUGAAACAAAAUAUUAAAAUAACAAAAAAAAAACACAUAUUUGUUGAAAUUUACAUACUAAAACUUAUCGUAAAGUUGCCUCAUUUUUUGAAGCGUGGUAAAAUGUGCUAACUUUACAUAACACUUUUAUAUAAAAAAAAUCGUUAAAUACGUUAAGUUGAAGACAUCAAACGUAAAUUUAGUUAAUUAUCUUUGAAAUGAGCCAAAAAUAAUUAAAAUUGAACUAUAGAUGACGAAGAUAUCACCAAAUCACUUUUCCAUGUUUUACGAAAGUGACCCCAAACUUUUGGCCGAUGACAUCAAGGAUUAAUUUACUUAAUAACUUUUUUUCUAGACUUUUUAGCUAAGUUCUGUAAAAAGCAGUUGAAAGCUAAUAGAAAAUGGGUCAUAUUACCGCUCUCAUCUUAAAAUUUGGUCAACCCAACUUCCAGCGACACUGCCGUAAGUUUAUAUUAAUUUUUUAGAAAAUUUCUCAACUUUGGGUUAAGUUUACACACAAAAUUUUUUGAAAAAGUUUCUUUUAAAUCAUGUUCGAAGUUUCUUUGACUUAUUAUCUUUUGAAUGAAACCUAGGGUUUUGAAAUCGGACGCAAAUUGGCAAAGAUAUGGGCCUAAAAAAAUGACAUGUUUUUGAGGGGGUGACCCCAAACUUUUGAACGGGAGUGUAUGUUUUAGGCAAACCACGUUAUUUUCAGUACUUUUUUCAAUUGCAAUUGCUAAAAUAAGAAUAAAAAGGCUUCUUUACAUUUGAGUUUACAUAUUUUUACUACAAAAAAUGUACAAAAACUUCGAAAAAAGAUUUUGGUUACUCUUGAUGUAAUUUUAGCCUGUCGAAUGUUUGCACUUUUUUACAUCAUAUAAAAGAAUUUUUUUUCCCGCUAUCCCCACAAACUGUUUUGCACACUCCCAUUAUUUGUCUACCAAGCGGAAAAAGUAUCGAAUUUGACCCUUACAAUUUUUUUACAUAGGUCCAAACUUCUGAGGCAUGUGUGGGGUAAAAUGCUCACCCCUAGUUAUUUACAUUAAAAUAGCCAUUUAGAUCCAAAUUCUGGCACAAAUUAUGUUGAAUACAAGUUGGAACAAGCAACGGCACAUUUUUACUAUAAAUAAGUUCACUAAUCACACGGCCAUGCAUUAUUUUGUAGUAAUUACUGAUAAAAUAGCUCACUAUGACGUUUACAUGGAAUUGACCCAUAAUUACAGGCGAUCCAUAAUUAUGUAAUGACUGUAUACCAUUCACGAACAAUAACAGUUGACAAUAAACCAGGCGUGCAAGUACAUGUACACAAUUUGCCAUCCUGACGUUAGCUGUGACUAGUGGCGCGUUUUACCCUGCAUUAAAACUAAAGUUCUAAAAAUCAAACUUUUUUUCAAAUUUGAAUUUUUUAGUAGUAAAACAUAAAACUGGUUUGUGGUUUCUUCCAUUUGGAAGAAAACAUGUUGGUGCUUCAUGUUAGUGCCAAAAAAAUGUGUAUUAUAAAAUGUUUCGUGGUUAAAAUUGGACUCUUCCUUAACGUGGGCGUCUUACCCCCAGUUCCCCUACCAUCUUUUUAUCUAGCGCUUCUCUAAUGGUGCCGACACCGCUCAAACGUCAAAUUUCGUGUGGGAGUAAGUAGGCCAGCAUAAAUUCGUGCAGUGGACCACAUCGUUCUCAGCCUUAAUCAAAGCAGUCACAGUGCUACAAUAUUUUCGAUAUCCUGAUUGUAAGGGACACAACAAGUUAUUAUUUGAUAGGUAUUCCUUCAGUUGUUUAGAGAGGAUCGACUCAAAAAUCUUCGACAAAGCACACAAGAUGCUAAUCUGGCGAAAUUCAUUUUCGGUGGUUGGAUUAUCAACCUUUUCAAUUGGAAUGACUUUUGCAACUUUCCAAGCUUCCGAAAACUCACAGCAGGUUAUACAAUUAUUCAUCAAAUUAGUAAUGAGCGGUAAGGUAACUGGUAAAGAUAUUUUUAGGAUAUUUAAAGGAAUUAGGUCAUCUCCGAUCGAAUCACAUGAUGCUGUAGCAAAUUCUUCGAGAACUUCGUUGCAAGUUACUCCACGAAAAAAGAACUCUGAGUGUGACUCUGUACUAUCAGAAUUUUCAACAAAACUGACUGGUGUAUAAUGAGAAACAAAGUAAUUGUUGAGAGUCGUAGCGUUCACAUCUCCACCACCCAUUCUGGUAUUCGUUUGCGUCAGUCCUAAGCGUUUUAUAUUUUUCCAUAACGUUUUGGCGGGUAAGUCCGCGUUAAGUUGAGAAGUGAAAGUAUUCGCGUUUCACGCGUUUGAUUUCACGAUUAGUCAAAAUUCGUAAACAAGUAAAAUUCUUCCAUUUCCGAGUAUUAUUUUUAUCUUUUUUCCAGCACUCAUAAGCUUCAGAACGAUUUUUAAACAUUCGAUUAAUAUAGUUGUUAAUCCAUGGAUAACUAGGAUCUCUAGCAACCUUUUUCUUCAAAGGAGCUUACUUACCGAUCAGGCUAAGGCCGGGGUGGCCUCUGCUGUACAUAGUAGCCUCCUCCAUUCCACACGGUCCAUGGCUGUUUGUCUCCAGUUCCGCACUCUGCGUAGGGUCCGCAGAUCAUCCUCCACUUGGUCGACCCACCUAGCUCGCUGCGCUCCACGUCUUCUUGUACCGGUCGGAUGACUCUCGAGAACCAUUUUAGUCGGGUUGCUAUCGGACAUCUGGAUGACGUGACCCGCCCACCGUAGCCUCCCGAUUUUCGCGGUAUGGACGAUGGUUGGUUCUCCCAGCAGCUGAUGCAGCUCGUGGUUCAUUCGCCUUCUCCAAGUCCCGUCUUCCAUCUGCACUCCGCCGUAGAUGGUACGCAACACCUUCCGUUCGAAAACUCCAAGGGCGCGUUGGUCCUCUGCACGUAGGGUCCAUCUUUCGUGCCCAUAGAGGACGACCGGUCUACACACUUAAUCUCCAAAUUUGAUCUCGGUAAAUACGAAUAACGAACUCAAUCGGUAAAGCAUAUUUUAACUGAAAUGUCGUUGAAAUUUGACAGUUCAUCAAAAAUAACUAGUCAAAAAUAACGAAAUUCGGUAAUAUACGUUCAUUACUGAUUAUCGGCAAACUAUUUUGCCACAGCAAUCGGCAAUAUAAUCAUGUCGCUGAAUUUCGGUAAAGCGCAUCUGUCAAAAAUGAAAACGGACACGUUGUCGUCUGGGUGCCAUCUCGAAAAAAAAAUGUUAGGAUUUUUUAAAGCGAAUAUCAUUCAUCGAUGGAAUUUUUAUUUCCUCGUUGGUUUGGAGAGGGAGCGCUGAAGGAGUGUUUUCUGGUGCCUGUUUUGUUGCUGCCGGGAAGCUACUUCCAUUGUCAUGAAGGGGGAGAAGCUCCCAGUAAGCAUCUGGUCACAAAGGCCGCCCAUAAAAGUGUUCCUUUGACCGAUGCAGUGAAGAAGCCGCAUUGUUACCGGCCGGGAACGGUAGCUUUGCGAGAAAUCCGUCGCUACCUACUAAAAGUCCACCGAGUUGCUGAUCCGCAAGUUGCCGCUCCAGUGGUGCGUUAAAUUGAGCAGGAUUUCAAGAUGGAUCUGCGCUUCCAAAGUGCCGCCGCUGCUGCCCUGCAGAAAGCCAGCGAGUACCUGAUCAGAUUGUUCGAGGACAUCAAUCUGUGCGCGACUCACACCAAGCGCGUCACAAUCAUGCCGAAGGAUAUCCAGCUGGUCCGGCGCACCCGCGAGCGUGCUUAAGGAGGACUAGGAGGAAGUGAUCCCGGAAAAGUGUUAAGUUGUGUUUUUUUUCUAUUUUUUGUUAUUAAAGAGACUUCCAGUCUUGGGUUGGUUCAUCUCUGAAUAAAAUUUUAACCUAAUUA